UGUUUACAGGAAUCAGCUGAUCGCCGUUGACAGCCUCCGCCUCUCGCGUUCCGGGCGCCCGUCCCUGCGACAAACAGCGAACCGCGGAGAUAAGUGGUCUGGGCACGAGGUCCAGGGAAUGUGGAUAUCAAAAGACUAAAGCCGUAUAAAGGAACAAAGGAUAAGGUAGUUUUUGGGGCUGACAGGGAGGAAGGGGAGGCGUAAGCUACGGGCGAAUCGUUGGCCACACUUGGUGGGAGGAGAGGCAAAGGAGAUAAUCCAAGAUGGUGGCUGCCACACGUAAUGAGGAUUGUCUGUGUGAGGUAUCCAUAGGAACGGAGCCCAGGGUUCUAACUGUGCGCGUCCCAGUGUCAAUACCUACGAGUGUAUGCCCAGUUGAACUAGCUCACCGUCUCAUUCAGCACCACAACCUUCCUAUUUAUUUACACAAUGAACUAAGUGAGAAGUUGAAAAUUGCCGUCCAGGACAAAACAGAGGAACACUAUAGACAGCAAGAUAAGCGUGCUAUACAGGCUCUCAAAGAGGGAAAAAUCAACAUUAAGGAUGUGGCUGCAGCUUGGGCUAAUAAAUAUGCACAGGUUAAUAAGAGGCAAGAAGAUGAGGGUUGUGAGAAUGAGAUGCUGGCAACCAUGUACCAUUCCCUCGUGCACUCACCAGCAGCAGCGAAUCUGAUAGGCUUGGAGCAUUCCUUCUCUAAUGCCAUGAGCUCCCUUGUGUCCCAGCGGGAGCAUGCAUUGAAGGAAAUCAGUGAGAGACAGACCAAAGAAAUGAGUGAGACUGUAAGUGCUGUUGGAGUGCACUUCACUGAUGAUGACGUAAACAAUCUAGCUGCCCGACAUCUAGAAGACUCCCAGCUCAUGGAGGUUCAGUGGGACUCAACCAUCUCUGUCCUGAAGGAAGACCAAGAAAGGGACUUCAAGAACUUUGUAAUAGAGUCCUUUGCUGGGCGGGAGAUCACAACACCAGUGACUCCAAAAGACUUUAUACUGGGCUCAGACACAGUAAUGACAGAGGCAACAGAACCCACCCAGGAAGAAAGCUUUACCAUACAUCUUGGCGCACAGAUGAAGCAGAUGCACAAUCUUCGUUUGCUGUCUGCAGAUGUCCUGCAACUGUGCAAAUAUCAGUCUCAUGAUGCAAGCGCCAUUCCACCUCAGCGCAUCCAGACUUCAAUGAGUCUCUAUUCUCACAACCUAAAUGGUCUAGUGCUCUUGGUUGAUGACCGAAUCAACACCUACACAGGCAUCAAGAGAGAAUUUGGCCGAGUCUGUGGCAGGACGACUGAAUUGCAUUUCCCAGACUUAGAGGAUCAGUUGGAGUCCACCCGAGACUUAGUUCCUCAGGUUGUUCAGUGGCGCCGGGACCAUCCUCCUCCACAGUACGAUUGCGAUGAGGAGGCAGCACCUCCUCCUCCAGUGCCACAGCACCUUAAAGCUGGUGACUUCUACAUCACACGCCACUCUAACUUAGCUGACGUGCAUGUGGUGUUUCAUAUGAUUGUGGACGACUCUCUACGCUCUGGGGACAUCAAUUCUCGCCAUCCUGUUAUACUAGGACUUAGAAAUGUUCUCAAGAUUGCAUGUCUGGGAGACAUAACAACACUCACUAUCCCCCUUUUGCUGACAAAUUCCAUGUCAGAGGAAAUGACAAUGUCCUGGUGCCAGAAGCGAGCAGAGCUGGUUUACAAGUGCAUAAAGGGUUUCAUGAUGGAAAUGGCAUCCUGGGGUGGAGCCGAGAUGAAAAACAUGCAGUUUCUUGUCCCAAAGGGAAUAUCUGAGGACCUGUUCCAGCAUUUGGCAGCCAUGUUACCCAAUAUAUUCCGGGUGUCAAAUCCUUUGGUUGUCAAGUCUUCGUAAGAUAAAGGAAAAAUAAUUACAUGAUCCAAGGUAAAGUUUUCCCGAUACUAAGAAGAGAUACUAAAUGAAAUAAAUUGUAACAUGUAUUAUUUUUCUUCUAAUUAUUAUUUUAUACUCUAAAAUAUCUGAAACAGCCAUUUAGAAAUGUAUCCAUUUUUCACCAAAAAUUAAAAGGCUUGUUGUGUUAAUAUCUGAAGUAAUAAUUAUAUAACUGACCAAAUUUUUUAUAUGUAUUCUCCUCUGAUAAUAAACUACAUUAAUUAGUA